AUUCUAUACAUUAAUUAACAAAAAAGGAAAGCAAGUAGUAGCAGCCGCCAAAAUUCAUCAUCAUCACUUUCCACUUUCCAGUACGUAAUAAUGAGGAGGAGUUUAGAUAUUUUGCUAUCAAAUCAAAAGUUUUCCACGUGUCACUUCAAAGCCUAAAAGGUUCACAGACAUCUCUUGCAACCGGGCCCUGUGCCACGCAAUUCUUAGCUCUUGCCCAGUUUCUCUCUUUUCUUCUCCUCUUCUCCCAUAUCGCUUCGAUCUGCAAAUUCUUCACGAAAAUUUUCAAUCGAUAAUCACUAGUUACUCCUACUAACAAAAAAUGUCCUCUCUGCAACUUUCUGGUUGCAGUAGAGCACUCCAUUUCCUACCUGCAACUUCCUCCUCUUCGUCUUCGUUUUGGGGAAGAGAUCUGUGCUUCGUCAGUGGAGUAUCCGUCUCCGUCUCCAAAAAAGAGAUUAAUAAGGUCGUUCGCUACAGUAAAAGAAAAGUUAGAGUUUAUGCAAUGUCAAGUAAUAGUAACAAUUCUUCGUUUAAGAUGAAUUUGAAUGAGUAUAUGGUUACUCUUGAGAAACCUUUUGGUAUUCGCUUCGGUCUCUCCGUUGAUGGCCAAAUCUUCGUUCACGCUAUCAAGAAAGGGGGUAACGCGGAGAGGUCUAGGAUCAUAAUGGUGGGUGACACUCUGAAAAAGGUGUCUGAUUUGUCAAACGGCAGGCUUAUUGCGAUCACCGAUUUUGGCGAUGCACAGAUGAUGCUGAUGGAGAAGACUGGAUCUUUUAGCUUGAUCCUUGAAAGACCCACUUCCCCUUAUCCAAUUCAUCAACUACAUCAUUUGAGUGAUAUUGACAUGAUGUUCAAUAGAGGACGUGCUCCUAUUGCCACUUGGAACAAAACAAUCCUAUCAUCAAAUUUAAAAAGUUCUGAGGGAAGUGGGAAUUCUGGGUUUAUAGCAUUUUCUUCAAAGUUUUUAACACCCCCUGGAUGGAAGCUUUUGAAUGAUCAAAGUGGAUAUGUGGAAUUAACUGCAGUAAAAAUCUUUCGCCCUCCUGUGAGCCAAUUUGUUUCUUUCUUUUCUGAGGUGGAGUCUGAAGAUGGAGAAUGGGGUUAUGGGAGCUUUCCUGUGGAGGAGUAUAUCAAGGCACUAGAUCGUGCUAAAGGCGAGCUACACUACAAUCAUGGACUCGGUACAAUUUAUAGUAAGGUUACAGAGCAAAUAUAUGUUGGAUCUUGUAUACAAACAGAAGCUGAUGUAGAAACUUUGUCCAAUGUGGGGAUCACUGCUGUACUUAAUUUCCAGAGUGUUAGUGAAGCAGAAAACUGGGGAAUCGAUUCCAAUUCAAUCAAUGAGGCUUGCCAGAGAUUCAGCAUUCUUAUGAUAAACUAUCCUAUAAGGGAUACAGAUUCCUUUGACAUGAGGAAGAAAUUACCAUUUUGUGUUGGGCUCCUAUUGCGCUUACUAAGACAGAACCAUCGUGUUUUCAUCACUUGUACAACUGGUUUUGAUCGAUCUCCUGCUUGUGUGAUUGCAUACCUUCAUUGGAUAACCGAUACACCCCUUCAUGCAGCUUAUAAUUUUGUCAGUGGAUUGCAUCCGUGCAGGCCUGACAGACCAGCAAUUGCUUGGGCAACAUGGGAUCUAAUAGCUAUGGUGGAAAAUGGAAGACAUGAUGGGCCAGCAACACAUGCUGUGACUUUUGUGUGGAAUGGUCACGAGGGAGAAGAUGUGUCCUUGGUUGGAGAUUUCACUGGGAAUUGGAAAGAACCAAUGAAGGCAAGUCACAUGGGUGGUCCAAGAUAUGAAGUUGAAGUUAGACUUUCCCAAGGGAAGUACUACUACAAGUACAUUGUUAAUGGGCAAUGGCGACAUUCAACAGCUUCACCAAUAGAAAGGGAUGAAAGGGGAAACGUCAACAAUGUAAUAGUGAUUGGUGAUACCGCAAGCGUAAGGCCUUCCAUUCAACAGCAAGUGAAGGAUGCGAACAUUUUGAAGGUGAUUGAGAGACCAUUAACUGAAAAUGAGCGCUUUAUGCUGGCAAAAGCAGCUCGCUAUGUUGCAUUCUCUGUUUGUCCAAUCAGACUAGCUCCCAAGUAAUCAAGCAAAUUCGAUAUAAUGUCAGGUGACUUACAUUAUAUAUGUUCAAAUAUUCUUUUUUCAAGGCUAAAGUCACUACAUACAAAAUUUAACUAUAUUGAUUCCCUAUGUAUGGAGAGAUUUUGUUGUGUGAUACAUCUUGUAAUAGUACCAUGAAAGGUGGGGAAUCAAAAGAUGCCCCUCAAAAUUCUUGAGCUAGUAAUUGAAGUUAAAGACUUGGCUACGUGAUGGGAUUUUAAUUUAAAGAGAGACUCUGCAAAAAUAGAUAUGAAAACUUGGAGCUAACAGCCUAACAGUAGCCAUGGAACCAACGGCUGUAAGUUGUUUAGUAGUGUAUUUUUGAGCGUUUGAGUUGAGAUUUUUCUUUU